GUAUUAGAACUAGGUCCUCUUUCAUUAUAAAAGCAUACAAAAAGGCCAACUUUUACUCGAAAUAAAACAUUUCAAAAUUACAUUCAAGCAGGAGUAUUAUCAGUGAAUGUAUUGGAGAAGUAAAUCCAAGUCUGCAUUGCGCCGCGACGUCGGCGUCUAAAACCCCCUCCAACAUGGCGUCAUGCCAGUAGUGCGCGUCUGGAUACGGUGUAGCGAAGUUUGUAUGCAGAAAAAUGUUGAAAUUUAAUAGAAAAUAAAAUAAUUUCACAACUAAACUCCUUCAGUGUAUUUUUUCAGGACUGGAAGCAGGACAUCCGGCGCCAGGACUCCUCAUUUUGGCGCCAAUGCCUUCCCACGUCGAUCAGCAUAUGUUAACAUUUUGGCCACCAACCUAAUGGAUAAUGUAACAACUAUUUCAAACAAUAAAAUGCUCGACAGAGACAACAAGAGGCCUCGAUAAAGAAAAAGUUGUUAACAUCAGUCGAGUGUGUCAACCGGUAAACUUUACUUACCAUGGCUAUCUAUCAAGAAAGGAAGUUUUUUUGAUGCUAAAAUGGCAACUGUUACGGAGGUGGCGGUGAAAAAUUGUGAAGGCGGUCACUAUUGCUCUCCCCCUAAGGAAUGCUGCAAACAAGGAUGUUGCUACAUCCUUGCGCCAGCGGUUUCCUAUCGUCCUCCUAGCUUACCUACUUCUAGUGUUCUUAAUCCUAUAUUUAUAGGCCACUGGUACUUUUGGGCAGCUCUAAUGGUAACGAUAGCUGGUAUUUUAUGUGCCUGUUCCUUAUGGCGAAAACAUAGCCAAAGCAGUUUAAUUUGUUGCAAAAAUUCUGGAAGAGAAGACCGGGUUUCAGAACCGGACUCAAACGGUUCUUGUUACGCUCCACCCCAAUAUAGCCGAUGUAACAGCUUCUAUCAAGCCCCUCCGCCCUAUAGUGAGGUAACUUCAAAACCUGACAUGUACCCCCUUGUAAUAAGUUAUAAUGGAAUAUCGAAUGAUCAAAACCACAAAUGGGGUGGUACAACAGGGUACCUCAUGGUUCAGUAUUUUAGAAAUUACAUCGUCAGGCCAGUAGGUUCCCUUUCUGCAACCAGCACAAUGGAUUCUUUGGGUUCUAGUUUCAUUCAUUCUGUUAACGAGGCCAACACUAUUAUACCUCCUCCAUACUCUUGCACCGGUAGUUUGGAAGAAGUUCAAGUCGACGGUACGCAUUCUGCAGGUGGUGCGUCGUUUCCCAGGUCGGUAUCAUCGGUGACUUGCAGCGAACAUCAUUCCGGAAGUCAUCGAAGUCCCAGCGUGCGAUCGCACAUCAGCGCCCAUAACAUAGCCACAACGACGGCCAACAGUUCGAACAUGGUGCCGUCGACUCGCAUUCCUUUAAGUAGUUCUGCACACAGUACUUUAACUACAAAGUACAAUUUCGUAGUCAAUCAAAAAUCGGCAAACAACAGUUCGGAACGGAAUAAUAGUAGUAGCACUUGCUCAGUCUGCAACUCCAAUAGUUUUGUAAAUACCAAUAUUAUUAAUAAUAACAACAACAAUAAUAAUGCAACGUCGCAACAGCCUAGUUCCUCCAGUACCUGUGCACCCUCGCCUCAAGCGUCACUCGCUCUCGAUAAUCCGGAAACGUUCGCCAGGAGCAAACCGGACGUUUGUGAUGGAAAUUCACCACCAGCACGCGCGUUCAAUAGGACGCUCCUGUGCAACGGGUUCAGUGUCGAAUCCGAAUCGCACGAUGACGAUCACAAUUUCACUGAUCUCUUAAAUCUGUCCGUUUGCGUCCCCAGUAGCAUAACACACUUGCCCUUAGCCAUUCUCACUAGUUGCCAUCAGCAGCACGAUAUCAAUGUAGUCAAUAGCAUAACCAGUUCGGACGUGAGCAGUCUCGCCAACUUGGGAACCCCCGAUUCACCGCCUAGAGCUACCAGUCCCACGGGAGAGUUGCGCGAUAUCCUAGAUAAAAUUCAACAGUUGCCUCAGCAAAGCAGUCCUCUUCCGCAAGGACAAAUCACUAACGAGCAAAAGAUGCGAAGUUAUUUUCAUCGAAGCAAAGCGAAGACCAUGUACAUGCCUUUGAACGAGUCCUACGGUGGAGAAAAGAGACACGUGGUGUUUGGGAAAGGUCCCAAAAACUGGAUGUCAAUCUCAGCUCCUACUACACCAUGUUCCAGUUUCAUUCCUAGUUUUCCCAGUCAGAAGAAAGGUUCCGGAAGUCAAAAAGGCAGUCGAUCGAAGGUGCACGAUGAAAGUCCGCUGCUCAACGAAAACGAUGAGUCUGAUGAUGAAAAUAAACGUACGUGAUGGAAAAAUUAGAUUUAAACUGAAUGGAGCAUUGACUUUUUGCUUUGUUGUAACAAAAAAAUUAUAAAGAUUAGUUUUUAAAUGAUUCAGGAUUUUUUCUCAUUACAUUUGUGUUGUCUUUUCCUAUCGUAGCCUUAUAAUUCGAAACAAUCAAGCAUGCCCAAAAAAAGUGUUAACUGAAAAAUGCUUUUAUUUGAUUGCUUAAGAUCAUAAAAUUACGAUAGCGAAAGACAACACGAACGUAGUGAGUUGUGAUGCUUAUGUCUUUCCAUAGCCUUGGAUUAGAUCUAGAUAUCAUCUGAAAACUGCAAAUGCUUAAGAAUUCUUUUAUUUUUUGUUUUCCAAACACAAACAUCUUUGCGAAAAUAAGACAGCAAACUGAAAGCAUAUUUAAAAUUAUUGUUUCAGACAGAUUGUUCAGUCCGUGAUAAUAAUGCUUUGAUAAUUCAAUUCUUCCUUAUUUAAUUAAAACUCUUUUAUAAGGUUGACGAUUUUACAUGAAUAUGUCAUGAGAACUUCAUGUCUAUUGAGUUAAUUACCUACCUAACAACUACUUUAUUUGAAAUUUCGCGUAAAGUUGAAGUAAUUGUAAAUGUGAAGCGAAUAACAUUUUCUUAAGUUGAGCUAUCGACAAUCAAUCAAUUGAACUCAUUGAAUGUAGCAAAUUAUUAUUGUAUUCAAAGCUUUAAAUGCAUACCUUAUUGUUACAUAUUAAAAAAAAAUCCACUUUCUACUGUUACAUAAAUUCUAAACGCUUUUUUCAUUAAUCUUUUGGUAAAACAUAAGGUCGACAUCACUUUUUUUGCCCACUGGGUUUAAAGCUUUGUAUACUGAAACUCGUCACUUUGAUGGGCUUCAAUAACAACAUCUUUAAAUUUAUUCUUACACUGAUUCCACUCCAAUAUUUCGAAAUGGCGACUUUUAGGGCUAAUAAAUAUUCUAUUUGUUCAUGGUAUACAGUGGCUAAAAAUUAAGUAAUUUGCUGUACACAUUAUGCGAGCUUUCGAAUAUGCGAUGUUCGCAUUAGCCAGUAUCUAAUACUGUAUAAUAACUCAUUUACCUUUAAGAAUGGCGAAAAUAUCACUUUUGAAAGUACGAUUUUAUUUUCUGAUUUUUUUCCCGCGCAAGAAACCCCAUUUUUACUAAUUGUAAUUUACACCAGAGAGGAAAAGCUGUACCCCCUUUUGGUGUGUAAUAUACUAUUCUGGUUUCUUGAUCGAAAAACAAAGCAAAAGGUCAAAGCUUUAUUUUAUAUAUGUACAUGUAAAAUGUUAUUUUGGAUAUGAAAUGGAUUUUAAUUUUGCGUGUACCUCGGUGUGUAUGUAAGUGAUAAUAAAAUUGCCAAAAUAGAAAUGAAUUUUAUGAUAGAUCUAACAACGCUCAUUUGUACAUUUUAUAUUAACUGCUAAAGUGUACUUAAAAAUAAUUUUUAGGGAAAAACGCUGAUUAUUUAUAAAAAUUCCUGUAACACUGCUGAAAGCAUGUGAUUUUAUAAGUGUUAAAAUUGAAAAGUUUGCAAACUGACAAUAUUCGCAAUAUCUCUCGUUCUCUCUCUAACCAAUCAGAAUACGAAAUUGAACAGCAAAAUGCAGAGUGUUUUUUCUUAGGAAUUUUAAAGUAAAACUCUAGUGCUUUUUAAAAACUGUUAUUUUGGCAUAUAAAAUAGAAAAAACUGAUUGUUCGAAAGCAAUAAAGUAAACUCAUAAUUUUAUACAGGGUGUUUGACGAUAUUCAAAGUGUAUUAAUUAACAAAUAUACAUUCAAUUGGUUCUCAGACAAAUCAAAGAAAAUUUGACGCCCUGUUUGUAAUCAUUAUCACAUUUUCGUACUAUUAUUUUAAUGUAUUUAAUUUUCUGAGUAUCAAAAAAAAAAAACAAAACGUUUAGAAUACUUUAGAAGCUUUCUUAUCUAGAAGAAUUACGUAAUUCUUAAGAAUUGUCAGUAUAUGCAAACCAAUUGCUUAUACCUAGUUGAUUAUGUAAUCAAAAGAUACCUAAACACGAAAACUAUAAAAUCCACUGAAUAAUGUAGAUAUAAAUACAUAUAUUUUAAAUAUUAACUAAAUACGAAUCUAAAAGUGGAUGUUUAAAAAGUUGUUUCAGUAGAAUGGCACAACGCUCGACAUUUUGCAAUUUUAAAAAGGCAUAAUAGUUACCAAAUUAUUUUUCUCACUUAUUUUUUCAAUAUAUAUUAUAUCUAUGUCUACGAAUUUAAGAAUACAAUAGUUUAUUAUUGUAGAAUGUGAAAUAUUUUCUUAAUAGAAUGUGAAAAAUACAAUGCGAAAACGGCCAAAGUUGUGUAUGA